AUGGAGGGGGCUACUGAUUGGCGACGUCGUGAAGAACAACCUAGGGACCUUACUCAAGGGCCUCAAACAGCACUUGAGCGCGGCGAAAUCGACAACAUCGAGGCCGCAAGCCCCCUCCAAGACGUCGGCACACUCGGCAAGGUUGAAAAUCAGGAGCAUACUACGGGACUCGAGAAGCCCGCAAAAUACUUUCUUCCGACGGACGGCGAGGUUGCUUGGCGGGGAUUAUGCACACAACCGAGUGAUGGAGACUGGAGCCCUGCAUCACUGGUAGUCUACGGGCGAACGAUUUCGAUCCCUCAUCAAGGCGAUGGCAGAGUAUACUGGGACUUUGCGAAACUUGUUGAGGCCUUCGGUCCAGCUGACUACAUCACCAUGGCCUCGACUUACCAUACGUUUUUCAUCGACAACAUUCCCGUCUUGACAGUGCUGCAGAAGAAUGAAGCACGUCGCUUUAUCACUCUCCUAGAUGCUUUGUAUGAAGCAAAGUGUAAACUCGUCGUCCGCGCGGCCAGAGGGCCGGAUGAACUAUUCUUCCCUGAUACGAGGGCAUUAGGUCGCAAGGACGCGGACGGAAACCCAGUGGUGGACGCCGAUGCUAUCCACAGCGAGACUAUUGCCGAAGUGUAUCAAGAUAGCUCCUCUCCGUUCCGUCCCAACAUAUCCUUCUACGACACCGCUUCGUCGACCUCCAAAUACGAUCCGGACCAAGAUUCAGACUUUGGCUUGAACGAUGCAAAGGAGAAGGCUAAGAAGGUGGACUUUGGCAACACCAGCGCCUUCACUGGCGAGGAUGAAAGGUUUGCAUACAAACGAGCAGCAAGCCGGCUGUGGGAGAUGUGUAGCGCCCAAUGGCACGCCCGGACAGGAGACUGGUGGCAGCCGCUUCCAGCAGACGCAAGACAUUGGGAGAGGGGAGCGCCGUCCACGCCGCUGAAGGUCAAUAUAAAUGAGGCUGCCAGGUCGAGCAAUGAUGCGACCAUGGGCCCCUCUGUAGAGCUUGAAGAACCGGCUGGUCUUCAGGGACUGAGAGUUGAGGCGAUGAAGAACCUGGAAAGAUGGAGGAAAUAG